AUGGGAGGAUACUUUACCACUCUGAAAGAGAAAACACUCAACGAGACGUUUCCGUUCGUGAAAGCAAAACUCCACUCCGGGAAAAAGAAAACGUUGGAUUACCUUUCGUCUUUGUAUUAUUCGAAACGUGCGCCGAUUGAGAAAUACGGAGAGGAAUGCGAAGACAUCGAGAAAAUUUGGGACGGGUUCGUGGACGCGUUCGUGGGGACGUUACACGCGCAAGGCGGCGCUGGGUGCGCGUCUCGCGCGCCGUGUUUUUCUGAUGGUGAUGACGGUAAAGGUGGCGGCACGAAAGAGAUUGAAACGCGCAACCGAAGAACGGCGCGAGAGCGAGUGGUCACCAUCGGCGACUUACACGGGGACUUGGAGCAAACGAAACGAGCGUUUCGAGCGUGCCAUUUGACAGACUCGAAGGAUAAAUGGAUCGGGGGUAAAACGACCGUGGUGCAAGUUGGGGAUCAACUCGAUCGAGGACCGGACGAAGUCGCCGUGAUGUACUUUCUCGAGAGAGUGGCGGAAGAAGCGGAGAGGAGUGGUGGUGAAUUAGUGAGGAUAUUAGGGAAUCACGAAACGUUGAACAUUGCGGGUCGGUUUAGGUACGCUCAGAGGGAAGGGUGCGCGGAUUUUACGAGAUGGCGCGAUCGACAAAAGAUUGGAAUGGAGUUGAAGAAGAUGUGCUUCGGGAGCGAGAAACAAAUGGAGAGAAGAUAUCGGAAGAAGAAGCAAACGAAUUGGUGCGCGUACGAAACCGGGGAGAAGAGGCACGAAAAACUUCCGAGUUGGAUACGCGAAGACGACGUGCACUCGAUCAAUCGGUGGAAGGCGGUGUGCCCGGGAGGCGAGUUCACGAAGCGGUUUUUCGCCGGCAAAAAUGUCGCCGAAAGAGUCGGAUCGACGUUAUUCGUCCACGCUGGCGUUUUAGAACAUCACGCGUUGUAUGGGUUGGAGAAUAUAAAUAAAGAUAUUCGAGAAUGGGCAAGCAACGCGGAAAAUCCGAGAGGCGUGCCUCCUUCGCACGUGCAAUCCGACCAAAGCAUCGUUUGGGCGAGAGAUUACGCGCACACGGAGGAAGAGAGAUGCGACUGCGCCAAGUUGUCGAGGGCGUUGCAUUUUUUACCGGGCGUGGAGAGAGUGGUCGUCGGGCACACGAUUCAAAAAGGCGGCGGAGGUGCCACUGCAGCCUGCGAUGGGAAAGUGUUACGCGUGGACGUCGGCAUGAGUCGAGGGUGUGGCGGAAACACGAGCGAAGGCGUGGAGAUUUUGAACGACGGGGAGAAAAUUACCAGGAUGGUGGACGGUCAAGGACGACAACCUAUGACUGGCGUAGAAAGUCGAUUCCAGCCUAUUUCGUAG